UAAAAAAAAGAACAUUGUUCUUCUUGUGUAUGAAAAAGAAAUAUUUAUAUAAAACAAAUAAAUACAAGUGCAAAACAAAAACAGAAAUUUAAAAUAAAUAUUAAAAUAAAUUUAUAAAAUUUCCUGCAAAUCGAUCGCAAAAUAACCUAAACCUGAAUAUCAUCAUGACAGCCAAGUGAAAUUGUACCUUUCCCUCCUCCAACCCCUCUGCUCACACUCGCACACAACUGUUUUCUGUUUUUCAAAUCAGUUUUUUUUUUUUAAAAAAAAACUUUCUCAAAUACCAAAAGAACUUUUCACAAAAAUCUAAAGAUUUAACAAAUUUGUAUAAAAUAAAUAAAAAAAAAAAAAUUAUGGCCGACACAAUGCCCCAAUCUGGGUCUUCGGCCCGUUUGCGUAAAUUCGAUCGUACGGACAGUGAGUUGGCCUGCGAAGAAGCGGCCCGUCUAACCGCCGAUAUGCAAGAGUCUGGUGCUGCUGGCAGCCCCGAAGAUGAUGAAUACAGUGAAUACGAUGAAUUGCCACCACCGCCGGACGGUGGCUAUGGCUGGGUCAUUUGUUUCGCCUCCUUCAUGUGCAACAUGGUGGUCGAUGGUAUAGCCUACACCUUUGGCAUCUUUAUGGAAGAGUUUGUGGUGUACUUUGGCGAAGGCAAGGGUAAAGUGGCCUGGGUUGGCAGUUUAUUGAGUGGUGUUUAUUUGGCGGCUGGUCCCAUAGUCUCCGCUUUGGCCAAUAAGUAUGGCUGUCGAACGGUGUGUAUAGCGGGCAGUAUAGUAGCCUGCAUAGCCUUUGCCCUCAGUACUCUUAGUACCUCUGUCAAUAUGCUGAUGUUAACGUAUGGUGUGAUAGGAGGCUUUGGCUUCGGCAUGAUCUAUUUGCCGGCCGUAGUGGCGGUGGGCUACUACUUUGAAACAAAGAGAUCUUUGGCCACCGGUAUUGCAGUAUGCGGUUCUGGUUUUGGUACUUUUGCCUUUGCUCCUUUGGCCACGUAUCUAUUGCAGAACUAUGGCUGGAAGAAUUCGCUAUUGAUAUUCGCUGGCAUGAUUUUGAAUUGUGCCAUAUUUGGUGCCAUGAUGAGACCUUUGAAAUAUCCCAAGAAAAAGAAGGUCAAACCUUUAAUGCAACGCAUGUAUGAGGAAAAACAAAUGCAAUUGGAGAGGGGCUCAUUUGCCGGUUCGUUUAUGGUACAGUUGCCCGAUGGUUCUAUGGAGCGUAAAAUGAAAAUGCCUUUAAAUGCCGAUCCUGGUGUACACUCAUCUUUGAAUCUAGAACUUUUGGCGCAACAGGCUUCUUCGGGAGGUCUACAGCCGGUAUCCACACUACCCACCAUUACGGAGGCCAAGGUAGUGGAUUUGAAAAAAAGCCAACAACAAAGUCCACCCAACAACAAUGACAGCAAUGGUCAUUUGGAUGCCAGACCUAAACGUCAACAUCGCAACUCCGAAUCCGGUUCCAGUCCCUACAACUCAUCGGAUCACAUGACACGCAAUGCUUCGCAGCCGGCAUUUCUUAUGGAUCCCCAUCAAGGUCUUCCCAAAAACGGUUCAGUGCCCUCGUUUCAAAGAUCCCGCAAAACUUCAGCCUCCGAGAGAUUUCAACCUUCAUUGGCUGCCAUACGUGCCUCGUCGCGUGCUGAUUUAGAUGAAAAUGGCAUGGAAAUGGGCAUGACUGCUUCGAAGAUGUCUUUGUCACAACGUCAAGAAACCGGUAAAAUGGUUAGACCCAUGUCCAGAAAAGAUAUCUUCUAUUCGGGUUCCGUAACAAAUCUACCCCAGUAUCAAUCCCAGAAAUCCUUGGCCAAUUAUCGUCAAUCCGUAUUGUCGCUAACCAAAUACGAGAAGAGCAUGCAAAGUGUACAAAGACUAGAUCCUCUAAUAGAAGCCGAAAGACAACGCGAACAAUAUGAUCUAUGUCCUUGCCUGGGUAUACCCGACUCCGUUAAGUCGGUCAUCAACAACAUGUUGGACGUUAGCUUGCUCAAGGAUCCUGUAUUUAUGCUAAUUGGUAUUUCGAAUGUUUUCGGUAUGGCCGGCUUGUAUGUGCCCUUCUUCUAUCUGGUAGAUGCUGCCAAAAUAUCCGGCAUUGAUCCAGACUCAGCUUCCUUCCUCAUAUCCAUCAUUGGUAUAACCAAUACUGUGGGUCGUGUGGUUUGCGGUUAUGUAGCUGAUUUCCCGCAGGUCAAUUCAUUGUUCCUGAACAACGUUUGUCUAUUGAUUUGCACCAUCUCGGUAUUUCUCACUCCACUGUGUGUAAGUUAUGGUGCUUAUGUUGCCAUGGCAGUAUUCUUUGGCAUUGCCAUUUCCGGUUACAUCUCCCUAACGUCAAUUAUAUUGGUCGAUUUGUUGGGUUUGGAUAAGCUGACAAAUGCUUUUGGUUUGUUAAUCUUAUUCAGAGGUUUUGCCGCCAUCAUUGGCUCACCCUUGGCCGGUGCUGUAUACGAUGCUACCCAAAGCUACGAUUUACCCUUCUACAUGGCUGGUGCCUUAUUUGCCAUCUCAACCGUAACCAGUUUCAUGGCGCCCUGUUUGAAAAGAUGUACAACAUCCGAAGAGACACCCGUGCACGUAGAAGCCCUAACGCCCAUCGACGAGGAACAGGGCGAAGAUAUGGAAGACGAGGAGGAUCAACCUAUUACUAUUGUACCCAAAAUUGUUAAAACCCUAGCCAGCCCCCAGCAGCCAGACGAACAAAGUCCUAAGUUCCCCAAUGCUGAAUCAAAAUUAUAAAACUGUAUUAAACCUAAGAGAUUUGAUAAAACUUGUUUUAAAAUGACUAUACAACACAAUGAUUAAACAAGAGUUGAAAAAGAAAAAGUAUUUGGAAAAACAAACAAGAUUUAACAGAGAAAUAUGUUUCUUAAAUGAAACAAACGUUUUAAGAUUUAAGAAAAUUACAACAAAAAAAAUACAAUAAAAGAAAAAAUUAUUGCAAAAAAAAAAAACAGAAUUAUUUUCCAAAGAUUAGGAGAAACCAACUGAGAGCUUAAGUGUUAGGUGAGAAAAAAAGUUAAUUAUAUAAUUUAAAUAAUUUUUUUGUUUGUAUUUCUUUUGAGUUUUUAUUUAACUAUUUUUAAAUUUACUAUAAAUUUUAUAUUAUUUUUAGCUAAUUAUAACGAAAAACAAAAAAACUAUAUGCUUAAUUUUUAAGGCAAAAAACCACACUACAAAAUAAUAAAGAGAAAAUCGAAAAAAAGAAUAAUAAAAAAAUAUAUACAAAAAAAAAGAGAAAAUAAAACGAAAA